AUGGCGAAAGUCAAAGUGAAAGCAGUGCUCCCCACGAACGUGACCUGGGAUUGGCUGGCAGCCUAUCCACAUGCCAAAGUCCUCCCGCAAGCCCCUCCACCUGCCAACGAUCCUCGACGCUCUGCGAAUGCAGACACCACCUCGAACUAUCCCACGUCUUCGCAUAGGAAAGCCGUCAACUGCCCUGAUACCCAUACUUUACCUACUACGAUCAACUUCGUACAUCAAUAUCUCAACGCUCCGUUGCAUCUGGUCGGCGCCUUCACGCAUCAGUUACCAGAAAUUUCGCACAACCCAGAAGAUGAGAACGAGUCACAGGAACAUACCCCACAUAAUUCAAGGCCCGAGCCUUCUCUAUCACCGCGGUCAAAGAUAGCCGAACCCGCCGAAGUGUGGCAAUCCGAGUACAACGAGACACUCGAAUUUCGUGGGUUGGAAGCUUUCAACGAUGGUAGUGAGCCUGGCGUGUCAUCUGCGAACCAUGGAUACGUCGGCAUGGGUCUGUGUGCUGUCGAAAGCUGGGACUAUGACAUUGAAGAGAUGGAGCGUUAUGAUUAUAACACUGUGCCAGGGUACGGUGCCUUGUCACCCCGCCCAAUGGACUACCAGACCGAUCAGGGCGAUGGUUCAAUGAAUGUCUCUCACGCCUCUCUGGAGUCAACCACCAGAUCCACACCGUAUCAACAAGGAAUUAAAAGACCCACAAAGCCCUUCAAGGAGAUUGGUGCACAAUUUGAGCUAGGAAGCCCGACUGAUCUUGGAAUGUCGACGAACUGUAUGAGCAUUCCACUACCUCGUGUCGUCGUUUCGAGUGUCGACAAUGAAAGUAUGGGAGGUGGGAAGAAGUCCGGCGUACCUCAAUUGUACGGCAAUACAUUGUCGACCGCAACUCCAUUCGACGCAAAGUGGAACCUUGGCCAGAGUCUACACAUGUCCGUAGCUUCAAGUGGAAGCAACAGCCAACUUCCAGAUGUAAAGUGCAACAUUCCAAACAACUACGAGAUUGCUACGCAAGAUCGACAACCUCCGGACACGGUGCUCGGUUGCAUUGAACCCCAGCUUGGAACGCUCGCAGUGGAAAGUGUGAACGCCUUCCAUGCUGAUGCUGAUUCAACCACAGCUAAUGUUGCUGCUGUGUCUAACACCGACGAAAGCUUUGGUGUUAAAAGGCGUCCGCUUCCAAGAAACCCCUCUACGCUCCAGAUACCAACCAAAACGCCACCAGGAUCACAGCAUUGGCAAAGCCCGUCCGGCAGUACCCUACCCCACUCAACGUUUCAAAAUAGCAUACAAACCCCAAUGUAUCCUACACCACCGUCGUCCUUUAGGGGAAUAGCCGAGUACCAUCAACUCGACAAUAUCUAUGGCGGAGAUGAUCCAACCUCCACCCCAGCCACACCGCUCUGCGUCACUCCAACCGAGCUUUCACCUUCCGUUUCACCCUCGCCAUCCUACCUGUCUGAUGCGGACGACGGCGUCACCUGCUGUUCAAUAUGUCCCUAUCGAAUCUUUACAGGCACACCCGUAGCACAGAAGAACAGCCUACAGCGGCACAUGCGUGACAAUCAUGACGGGAAGCCACGGCUCGAGUGUCUCGUGCGUGGAUGCACCGUUUCCUUUGCUCCUGGUCGCAAGGACAACCUGAAAAAGCACAUCAGAGCUACGCACCCAGACUACCCUUUGCCUGCUACAUCAACGAAAAGGAAGCGAAAAGCUGAUAGUGAUUUUGAGUCCUAG